AUGGAUAUGUUUAAAGUUCGUAGAAUCAACAAGAAGAAUUAUCUUCGUCGCUUUUGUGUCACGUUUGAGAUCUACGGCGUCAUCACAUUCAACACAGUUCCACAACUCCUCGUGUUGAAGAUACGUUUUCGCAGUUCGCUGCGAACUGCUGUAAACGUCGCGCAGUUGUCUCGGCCCGUUAACUUUUCAAUUAAUGCCAAUGGGUUGUUGGAAGACAUUUUUGUAGACCGGAACUUAGGUUGGCGGUGGCACUUAGGUUAG